CUCUGGCUCUAUUUCUCUCUCCUCAACAAGACAGUCCCCUUUCUCUCUCUCUCAUCCUGACAAAACACGCUAUUGACGACUCCAUGAAAUGCUGCUGCUAUAAGCCGACCAGAAUCAACCCCAUCUUCCUUCCAUUCAACCAUCUCUUUCUCUCUCUAGAAUCUAAAGUCCACCAUGGGCAACUGCAACGGCGUCCCAACCGAUGAAGAGCAACACGAAGCUGCAGCGGCACUACCCCAUAACAGUAAGACUGGCAUCCACGUAAGCCCCCCUGCUCCUCCUCCUCCGAAACCAGUUUCACACCUACAAACCCACUCUCUUUCUGCGUCUCCUUCUCCCCCACCACAACAUAUAGCAGGCAUUGGUCGUAUCCUCGGGCGGCCCAUGGAAGAUGGUAGAUCCACUUACAUUUUCGGCAAGGAGUUGGGCCGAGGCCAAUUCGGCGUCACAUAUAUGUGCACGCAUAGAGAGACGAAAGAGGUUUUGGCGUGCAAAUCGAUUGCCACAAGGAAACUAAUAACAAAGGAUGACAUUGAAGACGUCAGGAGAGAGGUCCAGAUCAUGCACCAUUUGACUGGCCACAGGAACAUUGUGGAGUUGAAGGGGGCUUAUGAGGAUAGGAACUCUGUGAAUUUGGUCAUGGAGUUGUGUGCGGGUGGUGAGUUGUUUGAUAGGAUUAUAGCAAAGGGGCAUUAUUCGGAGCGUGCCGCUGCUACUCUUUGCAGGGAGAUUGUUACGGUGGUCCACACUUGCCACUCUAUGGGGGUUAUGCAUCGAGAUCUCAAGCCUGAGAAUUUUCUCUUCUUGAAUAAGGAUGAGGCUUCGCCCCUGAAAGCCACUGAUUUUGGGCUUUCGGUGUUCUUCAAGCCUGGAGAAGUGUUCAGGGACCUUGUUGGAAGUGCAUAUUAUGUCGCCCCUGAAGUCUUGAGAAGACAUUAUGGAGUAGAAGCUGAUAUUUGGAGUGCUGGGGUCAUACUUUACAUUCUUCUUAGUGGUGUUCCUCCUUUCUGGGCAGAGAAUGAACAUGGGAUAUUUGAUGCUAUUCUGCGUGGGCAUAUUGAUUUCUCUUCUGAUCCCUGGCCCUCCAUAUCUAGUGGUGCCAAAGAACUUGUGAAGAAGAUGUUAAAGGCAGAUCCUACGGACCGUCUUUCCGCUAUUCAAAUUCUGAAUCAUCCAUGGAUCAGAGAAGAUGGGGUGGCAUCAGACCAACCAAUUGAUGUUACUGUCUUAACUAGAAUGAAACAAUUCAGGGCAAUGAACAAACUGAAAAAGGUUGCCUUGAAGGUGAUUGCAGAAAACCUUUCUGAAGAAGAAAUUAUGGGAUUAAAAGAGAUGUUCAGAUCUAUGGACACAGACAACAGUGGAACAAUAACUUUUGAGGAAUUGAAAGCUGGACUUCCUAAACUGGGGACCAGGAUUUCUGAAUCUGAAGUUAGGCAACUUAUGGAGGCGGCAGAUGUUGAUGGAAAUGGAACUAUAGAUUAUAUUGAAUUUAUAACAGCAACUAUGCACUUGAACAGAAUGGAAAAAGAAGACCAUUUGUAUACUGCUUUUGAAUAUUUUGACAAAGAUAAAAGCGGGUACAUAACAAUGGAGGAAUUAGAGCAAGCCCUCAAAAAGUAUAACAUGGGAGAUGAGAAAACUAUCAAUGAAAUAAUUGCUGAGGUGGAUACAGAUAGGGAUGGAAGGAUAAACUAUGAUGAGUUUGUUACCAUGAUGAGAAAAGGCAACCAAGAUAUGGCUGCCAACAGGCGCCGCAGUGUAACUGUUGGCGCCCCAAAGUACAAGUAAAUAGAUUUGGCUCUAACAUGCCAUUUUUGUGGCAACAACAGAACGGGAUACAUUUUGGUUACUUGUUUUCUUUUUCUUAAUUUAGGUUCUAGACCUUAUUGGAGACACAAUCUUCAUGAUAUUGUGGAACUUACUCUCUUUUCGUGGUCAAUUAUUGCAUUUUCAAAGAAAGACAACUAAUAUUAUUUA